AUGGUGAGAGUGAUGUGUGGGGUGAAGUUGAUGGACAGAACGUUAACUGAGGACUUGAUGCAGAUGUUGGGUUUGAAGGAAGCGGUAGAUUGGUUGGCGAAGGCAAAUGGGGUACGUUGGUAUGGGCAUGUGCUGAGGAGGGAGGAUGGGCAUGUAUUAAGCAGGUCCCUUGAUUUAGAGGUGAGUGGUCCAAGGAAAAGGGGAAGGCCAAAGAAGACGUGGAAGAUGCAAGUGGAGGAGGAGAGUGGGAAGGUUGGGAUGAGGAUGAGGGAUGCUUUAAAUCAUGCAAAGUGGAGGGAGGGGGUAAAAGCGAUUGCCACUAGUUCAAGGUGA